GCACGAGAGGGAGACACAGAAUCUGAAGCACGUUCCAGGCUCCAGGCUGUCAGCACAGAGCCCAGUGCGGGGCUCAAACUCAUGAACGAUGAGAUGAUGCCUCAAGCCGAAGUUGGACACUUAACCAACUGAGCCACCCAGGCACCCCUCAAUGAUACAUAUUAAAUAAGGUGUCUUUAAACAAAAACACACAAAAAACAAGGUUACGUAUUGAACAUUUGAUAAAGAUAUCACGACCAGAGGCUUGAUCGUAUUUCCUCAAAAGCACUGGUUCGAUGUUUGCUAAUUCUUUUUUUUUCCUUUUUUAAUGUUUGUUUUCAGAGAGAGAGAGUGCACGAGAGGGGGGUGGGUGGAGAGAGAAUCUUAAACCCCACCCUCAGCACAGAGCCUGAUGCAGGGCUCGAUCUCACUACUGUGAGAUCACGACCUGAGCCAAUAUCAGAAGUCAGAUGUUCAACCAACUGAGCCAUCCAGGCGCCCCAAGUAUUUUCUAAUUCAGUGUUGAUGGUGACUUUACAGAAUAUAACCACCAUGAAUGAUAGACUGUAUGUCAAUCCAUGGGAGAGACUCGGGUUCUGCUUUUGUGAGGUGCCCACCACUUGGACCAGGGAUGUGAAUUCUAGAAGAACAAGAUCCGAUCUAGCCAGAAGACAGGUGGGAGAGUGUGCAUCUGGCUUCCUCUUCAGGCUUGAGAGACAGUCUCCUGCCACAAAAGCCACAUAUUGGAAGUCUCAUGGUGAAACACACAACUCAAAGUCCUGCUUCCAGAACUUUCCACCUACUCUUCCACAGUCCCAGGAGGUGCCAGACCUCAGGUUUGAGAGUGAAGAAGGUUGUUUCUUCUUCUACUGCAAAGUAGUAAAAGCUUUUAGGGAGCUGGUGUUGGAGGUGUGUGGUCAGGAGAACACAUCAGGCUGUACCUAUCAGACUGGUCACACGCAGGGGCCACUAACUGGUCACCUCUUUGCGUUCAUUUGUCAUUGCUUCAUUCAUUCCCCCCCGCCCCCCGUUUGUUCAUUUAGUAACCUUAUCAAUAAACCAAGGGCAGUUGUUGAGAAAAAUGGACAUGAUCUUUAAUUUCAUGGACAUUGCUGGGGAGGGGCGAACAUAGGUUAAAUAUGGACGUGAAUGCAUUUAUAACAAAAACGAAGGUGAGUUUUCCUGCUCCCUGAGUGCUCUGGGAGGUUUUGUACCUGAUGGGAGCCCAGUAAACGGCCACCAGACUGAUCUAGCAGUCUGGCUUUGCAGACUGCUGGCAUGCUUUGUGGCUCAGAGCUGCAUCUGACCUGUGUCCCCGAGGGCAAGGGUCUGCAUUCCUGGUGGCGAUUCUGCGGUGGUUGAUGUGCUGUGGAGGUCACGUGACAUGGCACGUAAAAGCAGGUUGGAUUUGGACGAGCCUGGGCUUGACUGACGGCUGUGCUGCUCUGUAUCAGACGUCCCGUUUGAGUAUUUGUAUCUGUAAAACGGACACAGCGUUGGGGUCUACCUUGUGUGUUGGUGGGCAGCAUAGACACUGUGGAUAUCAUGGAAAUCAAGGAAAUCCGCCCCGGGAAGAACUCCAAGGAUUUUGAGCGCUCGAAGGCAGCCCGCCAGAAGGAAGACUGCUGUUUCACCAUCUUGUACGGCACCCAGUUCGUCCUGAGCACUCUCAGUUUGGCAGCUGAUUCUAAAGAAGACGCGACUAAGUGGCUCUCUGGCUUGAAAAUCUUACACCAGGAAGCGAUGAGUGCGUCUACGCCCACCAUUAUUGAGAGUUGGCUGAGAAAGCAGAUUUAUUCAGUGGAUCAAACCAGAAGAAACAGCAUCAGCCUCCGGGAGCUGAAGACCAUCUUGCCCCUGGUCAACUUCAAAGUGAACAGUGCCAAGUUCCUCAAAGAUAAGUUUGUGGAAAUCGGCGCUCACAAAGAUGAACUCAGCUUUGAGCAGUUCCACCUUUUCUAUAAAAAUCUUAUGUUUGAGCAGCAAAAGUCGAUUCUUGAUGAAUUCAAAAAAGAUUCUUCCGUGUUCAUCUUGGGCAACACCGACCGGCCGGAUGCCUCCGCUGUUUACCUGCACGACUUCCAGCGGUUUCUCCUACACGAACAGCAGGAGGUUUGGGCUCAGGAUCUGAACAAAGUCCGCGAGCGGAUGACAAAGUUUAUCGAUGACACCCUGAGGGAGACCGCCGAGCCCUUCUUGUUUGUUGAUGAGUUCCUCACGUACCUGUUUUCGCGGGAGAACAGCAUCUGGGACGAGAAGUACGACGUCGUGGACAUACAGGACAUGAACAACCCCUUGUCCCAUUACUGGAUCUCCUCCUCACAUAACACGUACCUCACCGGCGACCAGCUGCGGAGUGAGUCGUCCACGGAGGCAUAUGUCCGCUGCCUGCGCAUGGGCUGUCGCUGCAUCGAGCUGGACUGCUGGGACGGGCCCGAUGGGAAGCCCAUCAUCUACCACGGCUGGACGCGGACCACCAAGAUCAAGUUUGAUGACGUCGUGCAGGCCAUCAAAGACCAUGCCUUUGUCACCUCAAGCUUCCCGGUGAUCCUGUCCAUCGAAGAGCACUGCUGUGUGGAGCAGCAGCGCCACAUGGCCAGGGUGUUCAAGGAGGUGUUUGGCGACCUGCUGUUGACAAAGCCCACGGAGGCCAGUGCUGACCAGCUGCCCUCGCCCAGCCAGCUGCGGGAGAAGAUCAUCAUCAAGCAUAAGAAGCUGGGCCCCCGAGGCGACGUGGAUGUCAACGUGGAAGAUAAGAAAGAUGAGCACAAGCAACAGGGUGAACUGUACAUGUGGGAUUCCAUUGACCAGAAAUGGACCCGGCACUAUUGUGCCAUCGCUGAUGCCAAGCUGUCGUUCAGCGAUGACAUUGAGCAGACUGCAGAGGAGGAGCUGCCCCAGGAUAUACCCCCCACGGAGCUGCAUUUUGGGGAGGAGUGGUUCCACAAGAAGGUGGAGAAGAGAACAAAUGCCGAGAAGCUGCUGCAGGAAUACUGUGCCGAGACGGGGGGCAAAGAUGGGACCUUCUUGGUGCGGGAGAGCAAGACCUUCCCCAACGACUACACCCUGUCCUUCUGGCGGUCCGGCCGGGUCCAGCACUGCCGGAUCCGCUCCGUCAUGGAGGGCGGGACCGUGAAGUACUUCCUGACUGACAACAUCAUGUUCACCAGCAUCUAUGACCUCAUCCAGCACUACCGUGAGACGCACCUGCGCUGUGCCGAGUUCGAGCUCCGGCUCACCGACCCUGUGCCCAACCCCAACCCCCACGAGUCAAAGCCGUGGUACUAUGAUGGCCUGAGCCGCGGGGAAGCAGAGGACAUGCUGAUGAGAGUUCCCCGGGACGGGGCCUUCCUGAUCCGGAGGCGGGAAGGUACCGACUCCUACGCCAUCACCUUCAGGGCCAGGGGCAAAGUAAAGCAUUGCCGCAUCCAUCGGGACGGCCGGCACUUUGUGCUGGGCACCUCUGCCUACUUCGAGAGCCUCGUCGAGCUGGUCAGUUACUACGAGAAGCACGCGCUGUACCGGAAGAUGCGGCUGCGCUAUCCUGUGACGCCUGAGCUGCUGGAGCGCUACAAUAUGGAACGCGAUAUCAACUCCCUCUAUGACGUCAGCAGGAUGUAUGUGGAUCCCAGUGAAAUCAACCCGUCCAUGCCUCAGAGGACCGUCAAAGCUCUGUAUGACUACAAAGCCAAGCGAAAUGAUGAGCUGAGCUUCUGCCGUGGGGCCCUCAUUCACAACGUCUCCAAGGAGCCCUGGGGCUGGUGGAAAGGAGACUAUGGGACCAGGAUCCAGCAAUACUUCCCAUCCAACUACGUUGAGGACAUUUCAACGGUCGAUGUGGAAGAACUGGAAAAGCAGAUUAUUGAAGACAAUCCCUUAGGGUCUCUUUGCAGAGGAAUACUGGAUCUCAACACCUAUAACGUCGUGAAAGCCCCGCAGGGGAAAAACCAGAAGGCAUUCGUGUUCAUCCUGGAGCCCAAGAAGCAAGGCGACCCUCCGGUGGAGUUUGCCACAGACAGGGUCGAGGAGCUCUUUGAGUGGUUUCAGAGCAUCCGGGAGAUCACCUGGAAGAUGGACACCAAGGAGAACAACAUGAAGUACUGGGAGAAGAACCAGUCCAUCGCCAUCGAGCUCUCGGACCUGGUAGUCUACUGCAAGCCGACCAGCAAGACCAAGGACAAUUUAGAAAACCCCGACUUCCGAGAAAUCCGCUCCUUCGUGGAGACGAAGGCGGACAGUGUUGUCAGACAGAAACCGGUCGACCUCCUCAAGUACAAUCAGAAGGGCCUGACCCGUGUUUACCCGAAGGGACAGAGGGUGGACUCCUCCAACUACGACCCCUUUCGCCUCUGGCUGUGUGGCUCCCAGAUGGUGGCACUCAAUUUCCAGACUCCAGACAAGUACAUGCAGAUGAAUCAAGCCUUGUUCUCACUCAACGGGCGGACAGGCUACGUCCUGCAGCCCGAGAGCAUGAGGACGGAGAAGUACGACCCCAUGCCACCCGAAUCCCAGCGGAAGAUUCUGAUGACUCUGACGGUCAAGGUCCUCGGGGCUCGCCAUCUCCCCAAACUUGGCCGAAGCAUCGCAUGUCCCUUUGUGGAGGUGGAAAUCUGCGGGGCUGAAUAUGACAACAACAAGUUUAAGACCACAGUUGUGAAUGACAAUGGCCUAAGCCCCGUUUGGGCUCCGACACAGGAGAAGGUGACCUUUGAAAUUUAUGACCCAAACCUCGCGUUUCUGCGCUUUGUGGUCUACGAGGAAGAUAUGUUCAGUGAUCCCAACUUCCUCGCUCAUGCCACUUACCCCAUCAAAGGAAUCAAAUCAGGAUUCAGAUCUGUUCCUCUGAAGAAUGGGUACAGUGAAGAUAUCGAGCUGGCUUCCCUCCUGGUGUUCUGUGAGAUGCAGCCAGUCCUGGAGAGUGAAGAGGAACUCUACUCCUCCUGCCGCCAGCUGCGAAGGCGGCAGGAAGAGCUGAACAACCAGCUGUUCCUGUACGACACACACCAGAAUCUGCGCAAUGCCAACCGGGAUGCCCUCGUGAAAGAGUUCAACGUCAACGAGAACCAGCUCCAACUGUACCAGGAAAAGUGCAACCGGAGGUUAAGAGAGAAGAGAGUUAGCAACAGUAGGUUUUACUCAUAGACCCUGGGGCACGCGUGUAAGGGUGUCGUGCCCGCAUGUGCUCACGUGUAGGAGAAUGUCCUCUCUUCAGACCCCGGGGACUUGCUAAUCUGUGAUGUCUCAUCAAGCCUGGAGUCAAGAGGACACUUUUGAAGACCCACCUGGCAUGAGCUGGGGUGACUUCCUGCUCCUUUCUUCAUCUUGGACAAUUUCUUAACUUAUAUUUUCUAUAGAGGAUCGUAAAAACGUGUUUCCUCGUUUUUUGGCCUCUCGUGUUCCCAACCUCCUUGAAUAAAAGCGGUGAAAAUCUUGA